CCCCUAGCCAAUCAUAUGUCAGGAAAGUCAAUGACGUUGUUUUUGUCGAUAUACAUUUCCCAAUCCAUGGAUGCAUCUUACAAAAAAUCUCACCAGACGAUUGUAUCAUCCAACCAUCGACCCUACCUGACAUCAACGGAGGUGAACUAUGGCUUGGUUGAUGACAUCUUGGGGCAAGAGCAGUAGAGUUAUGCAAAAUUUGCAGGACACCAUGCCACCCAGGCAGGUAUAAAGCUGGCUUCGCAGAUAUUUUCUUCCACACUUAUCCAUACCCACUUCUGCUCUGAUUACUAGUCACUGGCUAUAAAAACACGCUAGACUCAUACAUUAUAUCCUAUAUUCCUAAAGCGAACUGUUCUACAUAUUCUAGCCUUGGCAAUAGGGUUAUUGCUGCAGAAAAAGCUCGAAAAUGUGCCACAAGGCUAUCCCUGCUCGCCGUCGCUUCUUCGCUGUCCCUGCUGUGCUUGCGUUUGUGUCUGAAGAUGAACCCACGCGUGGGCGACAGUUGAACCAACCUGAAGGCCCUUCAUCUGUCCGGCGUCAACGUUAUGCCUCACCGGAGAGUGUGAGACUGCGCAGCGCUCGCUUGCAGAGAGAGCAAGACUCAGGCCCCGGACAAAUUACACCUAGCCCGCAUAUUCAGCCAGACCGUAUUGAUCGUCUGGACAAUGUGGCCGGCCUCUACCAUCAUGAAGGGCCGUACGAUCCGGUCACGAGGGAGAGGAACGCACUCCCUGACCGUGCUCCCGUCCAAGCGCUUCGGUUAAACCAGGAAGCGCUCAAUGCCACGUCGAGCGACAGAGAUACCGGUAGUCUCCCCCAGCAUUCCCCAUCAGAUGGAGAUGCUGUUUCCCCUCCAGGAUCCAGAGACCUUACGGAUCGAUUUCUUAGCUUCUAUCCGCGUACCAACGUGAUGGUUGAAGCCCCUGCCCAUCUCCAGCGCAGUGCAGGAUAUAAUUACGGAGAUGGCGAUACUCUAAUGGAUCCGUACUAUAACCAGGAUGACAUCGAGCGUCGUCGGCUGUUGCGCAAGCGCGCUAGAUCUAUUGAGCGUGAGGAAGCCGAGGCUGCCGAGUCUGCUUCCAAGAAGCGUGAUGUUAAUAGCCGCUUGUAG